CCCCCCCGUCAAAUAUGGGUUUAUCAUAAUUUAGAAAAUCCCGUGUUAACGCGAAAAUUAUCCGGAUCACCUAUAAAAUCCAUCCAUAAUGGCAUCUUUAAUGUUGUCAACAGCUAUGCCAAGGAUGGCAUGGCAUACGCACCCUAUGCAGAGAUUGUCCAAGGAAAUUUUUCCCAAAAUUAUGAUCCAAAGAAAGAUUAUAGUGAGGGCAAGACCAAGUUAAUUGCUUGGGCUUCAAGCCAGUGCUAUCCAGGUCGCACACAAUUUGUUCAAAAACUGGCUCAACAGAUUGACAUUGAUUCCUAUGGCAAAUGCGGUAAAUUCAACUGUGGUAGAAAUAAGGAUUGCUGGGAUAAAAUUUCACACGAACAUAAGUUUUAUUUAAGCUUCGAGAAUUUUAUCUGUAAAGACUAUGUCACUGAAAAAUUUUACCACAACGGCUUAAAACUGGGCACAGUUCCUAUCGUCAUUGGUGGUGCUAAUUAUAGCAGUCCAGCUACCAGCCCUCCUGGUUCAUACAUCAAUGCACUCGACUUUAAAUCGAUGCCAGAUUUAGUUGCUUAUAUUAAGAAAGUGGCUAAGAAUAAAACCUUGUAUAAUAGUUUUUUUAAAUGG